CAAAGGCCAAGGCCAGCAAGGACAUCCCUUGAGAUCACACUGAGCUCACCACAUCCAUAAGGUGUCUGAACUCUCUGCAUCAACCAGCCCAGGUUAAGCCCCAGUGGCCUCAUGGAGUUCCCUGGCCUAGGGGCUGUGGGAGCCUCAGAAGCCCUGCCCCAGUUUGUAAAUUCUGCCCUGGUGUCCUCAACACCAGAGUCAGGGGGCUUCUUCCCCUCUGGGCCGGAGGGUUUGGAUGCAGCAGCCUCUUCCACUUCCCCAAGCACAGCCACUGCUGCAGCCACUGCACUGGCCUACUACAGAGAUACUGAGGCCUACAGACACUCUCCAGUUUUUCAGGUGUACCCAUUGCUCAACUGUAUGGAGGGAAUCCCAGGGGGCUCACCCUAUGCUGGCUGGGCCUACAGCAAGACCGGGCUCUACCCUGCUUCAACUGUGUGCCCCAGCCACGAGGAUGCCCCUCCCCAGGCACUGGAAGACCCGGAUGGGAAGAGCAGCACCACCUUCUUGGAGACCUUGAAGACAGAGAGACUAAGUCCAGACCUCUUGACCCUAGGGACCUCUCUGCCUGCAUCACUACCUGUCACCAGCAGUGCUUAUGGGGGGCUUGACUUUCCUAGUCCUUUCUUUUCUCCCACUGGGAGCCCUCUCAGUUCAGCAGCCUAUUCCUCCCCAAAAUUUCAUGGAAGCCUACCCUUGGCCCCUUGCGAAGCCAGGGAGUGUGUGAACUGUGGAGCAACAGCUACUCCACUGUGGCGGAGGGACAGGACAGGCCACUACCUAUGCAAUGCUUGUGGCCUGUAUCACAAGAUGAAUGGCCAGAACCGGCCCCUUAUCCGGCCUAAGAAGAGACUGAUUGUCAGCAAACGGGCAGGUACUCAGUGUACCAACUGCCAAACAACCACCACAACACUCUGGCGGAGAAAUGCCAGUGGAGAUCCAGUGUGCAAUGCUUGUGGCCUCUACUACAAGCUACACCAGGUAAACCGACCACUCACCAUGCGGAAGGAUGGAAUUCAGACUCGGAACCGCAAGGCAUCUGGAAAAGGGAAAAAGAAGCGGGGGUCAAGUAUGGGUGGAGCAGGACCAGCUGAAGGACCAGCUGGUGGCUUCAUGGUGGUAGCUGGUAGCAGUAAUAGUGGGAGUUGUGGGGAGGUGGCCUCAGGAUUGACACUGGGUACUACAGGUACUGCCCAUCUCUAUCAAGGCCUGGGGCCCGUGGUGCUAUCAGGGCCUGUCAGCCAUCUUAUGCCUUUCCCUGGACCUCUGUUGGGAUCGCCUACAGCCUCCUUCCCCACAGGUCCUGUGCCUUCCACCACCAGUACCACUGUGGUGGCUCCCCUCAGCUCUUGAAGGUACACAGAAUGGCCUUGGCCUUAGGGCAGAGGUGAUG